CACGCUCCACUCCGGGGCUUUGCGCGAGCCGCGCGCAUCAGUGGUAGGAGGGGACAGAGCCGCUCCUGCGGGCGCACCGGCAGCCCCGGCUCCGCAGGUGCCGCCCGACCGGCACCGGCACCGCACGGCCCGGCACGGCCCGGCACGGAGCGGGGCGGCUCGGCUCGGCCCGGCACAGCUCGGCUCGGCUCGGCUCGGCUCGGCUCGGCGCGGGGCGGCUGCCGCGGGACGGGCCGGCGCGGCCGCACUAAGAUGUGCCAUGAGCGGUCCGGCCUCGGCGCCGACCGGCCGCUCCGCCUGAGCCCCGGGCAGCAGCCGCCCGCUCCCCCGCUGCCCCUGGGGCCGUAGGGCCGCGCCGGCCCGCGCCCUCCCCAACGAUGCCCCAUCUCUGGCCGGCGCUCCGCGGCGUGCUCUGGGAAUACUGGGCAGCGCUCCUGGUCGGCGGCUUCUGGGGCCAGUGCUCGCACGGGAUGCCGCAUGUCAUCCGGAUAGGAGGAAUCUUUGAGUAUGCAGAUGGCCCCAACACCCAGGUUAUGAGUGCUGAGGAGCAAGCCUUCAGAUUUUCUGCCAAUAUUAUUAAUAGAAACAGAACUUUGUUGCCUAACACAACGCUAACCUACGACAUUCAGAGGAUACACUUCCACGACAGCUUUGAAGCAACUAAGAAAGCCUGUGACCAGCUCGCUCUGGGGGUGGUAGCAAUAUUCGGACCUUCCCAAGGCUCCUGCACCAAUGCCGUCCAGUCUAUUUGCAAUGCCCUGGAGGUCCCCCACAUACAGCUUCGAUGGAAGCAUCACCCGUUGGAUAACAAGGACACUUUCUAUGUCAACCUGUAUCCCGACUACGCCUCCCUUAGCCACGCCAUUCUGGACCUCGUGCAGUAUUUGAAGUGGAGGUCAGCCACUGUGGUUUACGAUGACAGCACAGGGCUCAUACGGCUGCAAGAGCUCAUCAUGGCCCCGUCAAGGUACAACAUCCGCCUGAAAAUCCGCCAGCUCCCGCUGGACACCGACGACGCCCGGCCGCUGCUGAAGGAGAUGAAGCGGGGCAGGGAAUUCCGCAUCAUCUUCGACUGCAGCCACCUGAUGGCGGCUCAGAUCCUCAAGCAGGCCAUGGCAAUGGGAAUGAUGACAGAAUACUACCACUUCAUCUUCACCACUCUGGAUCUUUAUGCAUUAGACCUAGAACCAUAUCGCUACUCUGGAGUGAACCUGACUGGCUUCCGGAUCCUCAAUGUGGAGAACCCGCACGUAUCCUCCAUCAUCGAGAAGUGGUCCAUGGAGCGGCUGCAGUCGGCGCCCAAGGCGGAGCUGGGACUGCUCGAUGGCGUGAUGAUGACAGACGCUGCCCUGUUGUACGACGCAGUGCACGUGGUCUCCGUCUGCUACCAGCGCGCCCCUCAGAUGACCGUGAACUCCCUGCAGUGCCAUCGCCACAAAGCCUGGAGGUUCGGUGGCCGCUUCAUGAAUUUUAUAAAAGAGGCUCAGUGGGAAGGACUAACAGGACGAAUUGUCUUUAACAAAACUAGUGGUUUACGGACAGAUUUUGAUCUGGAUAUCAUCAGCCUCAAAGAAGACGGUCUCGAAAAGGUUGGAGCGUGGAGCCCUUCUGAUGGUUUGAACAUCACAGAAAUUUCCAAAGGACGAGGGCCUAAUGUCACCGACUCGCUGAGCAACAGAUCUCUGAUCGUCACCACUGUCCUGGAAGAGCCCUUUGUCAUGUUCCGUAAGUCCGACACGGCCCUGUUCGGGAACGACCGCUUUGAGGGUUACUGCAUCGACCUCCUGAAGGAGCUGGCCAUUAUCCUGGGCUUCACCUACGAGAUCCGGCUGGUGGAGGAUGGGAAAUACGGGGCGCAGGAUGAGAAGGGGCAGUGGAACGGCAUGAUCAAGGAGCUCAUUGACCACAAAGCUGAUCUGGCCGUUGCUCCUCUCACCAUCACCCACGUUCGGGAGAAAGCGAUAGAUUUCUCCAAGCCCUUUAUGACACUGGGGGUCAGCAUCUUGUACCGCAAGCCCAACGGGACCAACCCCAGCGUGUUCUCCUUCCUCAACCCCCUGUCUCCUGACAUCUGGAUGUAUAUCCUUCUCGCCUACCUGGGGGUCAGCUGCGUGCUCUUUGUCAUAGCCAGGGUCUUGUCAUGCCACAUCCCGACUAAUGAGCUCUCGCUUUCCAUGUGCCGCCGCAGGUUCAGCCCGUACGAGUGGUACGAUGCUCACCCCUGUAACCCCGGAUCAGACAUCGUGGAGAAUAACUUCACCCUAUUGAACAGCUUCUGGUUUGGGAUGGGAGCACUGAUGCAGCAAGGCUCUGAGCUGAUGCCCAAAGCACUGUCUACACGGAUCAUUGGUGGCAUAUGGUGGUUCUUCACCCUAAUUAUCAUCUCGUCCUACACGGCCAACCUUGCCGCCUUCCUGACGGUGGAGAGGAUGGAAUCCCCCAUCGACUCAGCAGAUGACUUGGCAAAGCAGACAAAAAUAGAGUACGGAGCAGUGAAGGAUGGAGCUACUAUGACCUUCUUCAAGAAAUCCAAAAUUUCCACAUUUGAAAAAAUGUGGGCUUUCAUGAGCAGCAAACCCACAGCACUUGUUAAAAACAACGAGGAAGGAAUCCAGCGAACCCUCACAGCCGAUUACGCCCUGCUGAUGGAGUCAACCACCAUCGAAUACAUCACCCAGAGGAACUGCAACCUGACUCAGAUCGGGGGCCUCAUCGAUUCCAAAGGCUACGGCAUUGGGACUCCCAUGGGGUCACCGUACAGGGACAAGAUCACCAUUGCCAUCCUCCAGCUCCAGGAGGAGGACAAGCUCCACGUAAUGAAGGAGAAGUGGUGGCGAGGGAACGGCUGCCCUGAGGAUGAGAACAAGGAGGCCAGCGCUCUGGGCAUCCAAAACAUCGGUGGGAUUUUCAUCGUUUUGGCAGCGGGCUUGGUGCUGUCCGUCUUCGUGGCCAUGGUGGAGUUCAUCUACAAGCUGCGCAAAACGGCGGAGCGCGAGCAGCGCUCCCUCUGCAGCGCCAUGGCCGAUGAGAUCCGGCUGUCCCUCACCUGCCAGCGACGGGUCAAACACAAGCCCCAGCCCCCCGUCAUGGUGAAGACGGACGCCGUGAUCAACAUGCACACGUUCAACGACCGACGGCUGCCAGGGAAGGACAACAUGACCUGCAACACUGGAUUGACACCUGUGUUUCCCUAGGGAAUGGGAACGGGGGGGCGGGAGGGAAGGAAUUGCAGCAGACAAGGCUGGAUGCACUCUUAACUAGGGAAGAAAGGAUUAAAAAACAAGAAAAAAAAAAACAGAAAAAAAAAAAGCCUGGUUUGGUUCAUUUCAAGAACAAGGCCUUUACAAUACAGCUGCAUCGAUCACCGGCAUAGAAGCAAGAACUUCAAAGCACGGACUGUAACAUGGGUCUUGGGGCUUUUCUGUUUUGUUUUUGUUAUUUUUCAUUCCUUUUUCUUUAACGCUUAGAUCCUACAGGCCUCAUGGAGUCCAAACACACUACCAUCCAGGAGUCUGAUGUUUACAUACUGAAAACACACGGAGGCGAAACAGGAUUGAGCCAAACUGACCCUCGGCGGGUCCGGAGGAGCCCCCGAGAGAGGCUUCUUUAGCAUGGCAAUAAAAAGAAACACUUGGUCGGGUGCAGCGCGAGCGAGCAUCUAUUCCACUGACAUACACAGCACAUUUAGGAUACGUUGUCCAGGAAAGGGAAAGGUAUCUGUGAAGCACCAUGGUGGUCAAGGCUGUGCCUUCUCUCAAAGCAGCUCACGGUGGCCCUUUACCUCACGGCUGUGCUGGCUGUGGCCACCCGCAGCUGGAAGUGCACGGGGAGUGUGGGGGAAGAAGGCAACACCCACGUUCAUCAGGAGAUCCAAGACAGCUGACUGCGAAGGGGCAAGUUCACCUGAACGGAGCCGAACUCCUGGCCAGGGAUGGGACAGCGGGCGGGAGCUACUGCCAUCUCUGAGUGCCACCACCCACACAUCCCCUGCCAAACUCCAGCCCGCGCCCAGGGUGACACCCUGAUCUCCAGGUCCUCAGCUCCUUCACUCUUCCCACAAAGCUCAGUCCCUCCUGAAGAAGUGUGGCGAGCGGCCGAGUCCACAGGCUUUUGCAGGAGCAGAGCUGUUUCCAAGAGCCAAACGGUAUCAGUUUCCAUGAAAUUCAGCAGUGCUGAACGGCAGCUCUGCCGUGUCCGCACUCAGACCAGGAGAGGACCCUAUGUCUGGUUUAGGACUAAACGCUCUCCACGGCAUCAGAGACCUGAGAGACGAAGCCUCAGCCUGCAGGGCCAGGGCUGGCCUGGGACACGCAGCACUGUGGGAGCCAAGCCUGACACCCCCCUUGCUCUGCCCGGGGAAGCGCAGCCCCUCAGGCAGCAUCUCCACGUGAUUUAAGCAAACAUAGACUAAAACAUUUUUAAGAAAUCUUCCACGAACCGUGUUCUUAUUUUCAGGUUGCUUAACCCAGAAGCCUGGUCCUGCAGAUGAAUUUAGCCAGAAUUACCAAAGACCCCUCUGCUGACCUAAAGUAACGCUCAAGCAACGUCACUCAGCUCCAUCCCUCCACGGGGAACCACACGGGUGGCCAGUGGGACACUCUGCGGAUUCAUUUGCAAAAUGAAACAAACAGAAAUGGCUCUGCCCAUUGUAACCCAGAACAUGACGAGGAGAGGUGCUUAAACGUGCCUAAAAGCUCUGAUUUAAACACUGGCGUUGAAGAAAAGAGCAACCUCCUUCCCUUGCACACGUAAGGGUGACGGUGACCUGCCGCAGCUCGUGCUCUGCUGGAAACCCCUCCUGCACCCACCACCCAAAUCCCGGUUCAGAGGGCAGGGCAGCGAUGGAGCAGCCGGCGCUCAAGCUCUGCAUCCCGAAUCUUGGCCCUCCGUGUCGUGAGCGUAGCGAGGUGCCACGGCCACCGCAGGAACCAGCAGCGGAACUGACCCAGUUUGCCCUCCCUGAGCUGCAAGGCCUUUCUGGAAAUUUAUCCUCGCCCAAAGGAACAAACCUGUUUGUAGCUGAUUUCACGUUUUUUUCCCACCUGUUUCUAUCAGAGGCUCAGUUAGGAAGGUUAUCUGUGGAGCUGAUGAGAAUUAGCAAAUUAGCUCAAGGGGAGAGAGCUGCUCCCCCCUGCCAUCACAGACCAGAAUUUGUCCUUAAUUUGUUUUUUUCUGCGGUGCAAAGAAGCAACACAGUGACCCGAAACAAAAAAAUGAAUUUGUCAUAUUUUGACUCAAGUAAAGGUACGCAAAGAAUUUACGUUAAUUUUCACCUUUUCAUAGAAACCAUGAAAAAUUAGGGGUGAAAGCUACCAACUCAAUGGGCAUCACAUUCUCAAUGGUUUGCUGAUUAAAUACCUAUGGCAGAGGAUAGAGUGGAAGUAUGGGUCUGCUUCCCAAAGCUACUGACGUUGUGCAUUUCUUUGCAAACCCAUAGGCUUGUCAGAGCAGUAGAUUUUGUUUCCCUUGCAGAUUUCUAAGCUCUUAGAAAGAGAUUUUUACAAUUAAGGCAGAGAAAAGCAAAACGGGCUUUAAAUGUCCAGAGUGUAAAAUACCACAGAAAAUAGCAUUCAUUUUUCUUCUUGACAGAUUUUUAGAAAAUAAAUAAAUAAAUAAAUAUUACUAAUGCCAUAAACCCCAUUUAUUCAUUUUUGACACCGGUUUGAUUUGAUUUUAUGCACAAACAUCCCGGAGUGACAGGUGAGCAUCUGGAAUGCCCGGUGCUAUCUGCCGGCACGACCAAACCCUGCGGCUGAACCCUUUCCCGUCCUUCUCCGCAUUGCCCAGAAACCAGCCAUGGAAUAGCAGCUAACCUCAUGCAUCUACAUCACGGCUCUGUGUUUAAAUCCUGAUCAUUAAAACAUUUGACAUUUAACAACAUGGAAAUGUUCCGCACCGCUCAAACCAACGCAGGAGCCGGGGGAGCCGCUGCCUCCCCACUCCCCCCAAGCUCCUGCUCCCCACGAGCUGGUGGUCGCAGCCCCAGCCUUCCCGCGGCCGCCCGGGGGCAGCUCCAGUGGGACGAGGGGCAAUUCAGCUGCAGCUACAGCGCUCGGCAGAGACCGGAAUCUCUCCUGUUAUUCCCUGGGUGCUCCUCGCUUCCGUCCCGGGCAGCGUGGGAGCCCGUAAGCCACACAUGUUUCACGGCAGAGGAGGAGAAGGAGCCCGACUCUUGGCAGCGAUGCGCUGGGAGACUCCAGAAGGGACAGACCUGACCACAAAGCCUCAAAGCUGUCUGCCAGCCGUUCUGGGACCUGUUUGUGACUGUCGGCAACUCAUGUCUUAGAAAUCAUCUGACUUCCAGCUGUGUUUCAAUCAGUUCCUUUCUUCGCUUGGUGGGCAGAAGGACUGAAAAAGUGAGGAGGAAAUAAAGGAAAACCAGGUUUGGGCUAUUAAACUGUACCUGAACUGUUGUCACCUCAGUUCACUGUCCCUUUAUCACUUGCUUUUUCCUUCCAGCUCUCCCGUGAGACAGAGCAGGGGCACAGUGGGUAGCUUUGGUUGGGGUUGCUUUUCUGUUUGGAGUUAACCAGCAGCGUGUUGGGUACGACGGCGAGACGAGAGACCCACAAAGACACAAGGGAACCAGCUCCAGCUCCGGGCACCCACCGCUCUCCCCUUGGUGGGGGCUUCUGCGGAGCGGGAUUUGGCCGGGCGCCAGCACGGGGGGGGGUCUCUGGGAAUGUCACCGCAAAGGGUCCCCCCCACAGGUGCUGGCAGCUGUCACCCGGCGCUCACCAGCCUGAGCCACGCGCAGCCGAACCGUGCAGAGACCCAGCGACCGCAGGGGUGACGGCACGUCCCUGCGUGGGAGUCACGGUCCUGGGCAUUGGCGUAGCAAGCCCUCUGCUCUCUGUACCUUAUUUUGACAUAUUUCUCAAAAAAAGACAAAAAGAAGAAAAAGAAAAAAAAAAAACAGAAAAGAGUGGAUAAAAAAGGAAAAAAAUGGUCUCCGUGACAUUCAGGGGAUUUUCCUUUGUGGACAUGCAGAAUUUCUAUGAAUAUAGUUUUUUGUAAACAUUUUGUAACAAUUUUGGUUUCAUAGUAACUGUGUUACUUGCUGAUCAUUCUAGGCUGAUGUAAAUAAAAUUUCCAAAAAAAAAAAAGAAAAAAUUCUGAUUAUUUUCCUUUUUAAGACACUGUGAUAUAUCAAAGUGCACAGUUUGCUGUAUGAAGUA